AUGCCCAGUAACAUGUCUUCCAAUCAACCAUUCUUGAACAAAGAGAUGCUAAUUCCUAAGUUAGAGAUAUUGAAAAUUCUUAGCAUUGAUAAGCUGAAAGAGAUAUGGCCUUGUCAAUUUAGUGGUAAUGACAAAGUUAAUACCUGCAUGUUGAGAGAGAUUCAUGUGAAGGAAUGUGACAAUCUUGUGAAUCUGUUUCCAACACAUCCAAUGUUGUUGCUGCGUCAUGUGGAAAAGAUUAGUGUUUUUCAAUGUGGAAGUAUUGAAGUGUUAUUUGACAUCGACAUGAGUUGUGUUGGUAAAAUCAAAGAACACAAUAGCAAAUUGAGAUACAUUUGA